ACUUGAAGGGAGGGGCCCCACUAAUGUGCUUCCUUUUCCUGUCUCAGCCAGCAACUCAUCGUUUGCGGUGACUGGUGCCUCCAACUGGCUCCUGCUCAACAUCAACGUGACGGGGUAUUUCCGGGUGAACUACGACCAGGACAACUGGAACAAGCUGCUGACCGAGCUGGGCACCAAUCACGAGGCCAUCCCGGUGAUAAACCGAGCCCAGAUCAUUGACGAUGCCUUUAACCUGGCCAGGGCUAAACACAUCAGCAUCACGCUGGCUCUGAAUACCACCACCUACCUGGACAAGGAGCGGGAGUACCUGCCCUGGAGCGCCGCCCUCGACAACCUGGGCUACUUCCGCCUGAUGUUUGACCGCAGUGAGGUGUACGGCCCCAUGCAGAAAUACAUCCGGAAUCAGGUGACCCCCUUGUUCCAGUACUUUGGAAACAUCACCUCCAACUGGACCAGGCUCCUGGACGGCUUGAUGGAGCAGUACAACGAGAUCAACGCCAUCAGCACGGCCUGUUCCCAAGGCGUCCCUGAGUGCACGCAGCUGGCGGCCGCCUUCUUCAACCAGUGGAAGCAAAACCCCAGCAACAACCCGAUCCCCCCGAACCUGCGCUCCUCCAUCUACUGCAGCGCCAUAGAGACGGGCAGCGAGGCAGACUGGGAGUUCCUCUGGCAGAUGUUUAAAAACGCCACGGUGGUGGCCGAAGCCGACAAGCUCCGCUCGGCCCUGGCCUGCAGCAAGGAGCCUUGGAUCUUGAAAAGGUAUCUGGAGUACUGCCUGGAUCCCAGCAAAAUCCGGAAGCAGGACGCCACCUCCACCAUCAACAGCAUCGCCAGUAACGUGGUGGGGCAGAGCCUGGCCUGGGACUUCAUCCGGGGCAACUGGAAGACCCUUUUCAGCCAGUACGGCGGGGGCUCCUUCUCCUUCUCGGGCCUGAUCCAGGUGGUGACGCAGCGGUUUGCCUCUGAGUUCGAGCUGCAGCAGCUGGAGCAGUUCAAGGCAGACAACGCUGACGUGGGCUUUGGCUCGGGCACGCGGGCGCUGGAGCAGGCGCUGGAGAAGACCAAAGCUAAUAUCAAAUGGGUGGCAGAGAACAAGCAGACGGUGCUGACGUGGUUUGAGACGGCAAGCAGCUGAGAGGGUGAACUCAGUAACGCCAACCCCUCCCACGUCAGCCUCCUCCCGCUGCUCGGGGGGGCUGUGCCCCGGUUCCUGAGCCCCACACCCUGGGCAUGCGGCCUCCUGAACUCUCCUGUCAUUGGCCCAUGUCCCCCCCCCACCCCCCCUCACACAUUCUGCCUCCACUCCCAGAACACCCUGCACUGCCUGGGGCUCACCCUGGCCGUGCUCCCACAAUGCUUUGCACACGGGCCCCAUUGACAGGGCCUCGCCACAGCCCUUGUUGCAGUGACUGUCCCAGGGAAGCCCAGGUGCCCGUGGGGUGGUCAUGGGCAGACAGGAGGGUGAGGGCAGCGGGGCUGCUGACUGGGGAGCCCCCCAGCCCCGCCGCGGGCCAGGACAUGUGUCUGCUGUAUAGUCCUUCUCAGCCCCAGACAUUGUAAAUAAAGGCUUAAUGUUAAAUGGUAAA